AAAUAGUCGGCCCCGAAUCUUUUCCUCUUUUUUCCCUUAUUAAUCUCCGGCUUUUUUAUAUUUUUCGGCUUUGGGGCGGUUUCCAAUCUUCACCCACUAUCACCACCUCCUCUUCUCCUCCCCCUCCCAAUCCUUCGUUCCCCCAAAAACCCGGUCACGAUUUCGGAGCGGCGCCGAGAGUCCAAACUCCACACGAAUUAUUCCUGUAUAAAUAGAGGAGGAGAUUUAGAGAGAAGACGAGUCCUUGAGGAGUCCCAGUCCUCUGGUUCUUUGGAGGUCCUUGAUCGGUUAUAGGGCUUCUAUCUUGGUAGAUCUACUGUUCCUGAUUUCAUCGAGAUCCUGCGGGUUGUUGAUCUUGUGUUGUAAUGAAGACCGUGCUAUGUUUUUGAAACUAGCAAUUAUGAACCUCUUGAACAAUGUGGAGCAGCUUCCAGUUGCAAGAAUCUGUCUGUCAUUGCGAUUUUAAAGUUGGGAAAUCAUGGCAAAACUUGGAAACACCAGCCGCAGGGCUUGCAGUGGACUUUUCAGGAAACCAAAUGAGACUAUGAGGCUCAUUAUAACAACGAUUGUAGGAGUUGUUCUUGGCUUUUUCAUUGGAAUUUCCUUUCCUACAGUAAGCAUAACAAAGCUCCACUUUCCUUCUAGUAUUAUUUCAUACAUUGAAGACAGGAACUCAGGUCUCGCGACUCAAGCAUUAUUAAACCAUGCUUUGACAUCUGCAAGAAAUCAGAACAGAAACAAUUCAAAGGAUUUCAAUGAUACUUUAAAGAUUUAUGUUCCGACAAAUCCUCGAGGUGCAGAAAGAUUACCACCAGGCAUUGUUGUGUCAGAAUCAGAUUUUUAUCUUCGCAGAUUAUGGGGGAAUCCUGAUGAGGACUUAAAAAUGAAGCAGAAGUACCUUGUAACAUUCACUGUUGGAUAUGACCAGAAAAAAAAUAUUGAUGCAGCAGUCAAAAAGUUCUCUGAAAAUUUUACUAUAGUACUAUUCCAUUAUGAUGGCCGAACAAGUGAGUGGGAUGAAUUUGAAUGGUCAAAGCGGGCUAUUCAUGUGAGCGCCAGGAAGCAGACUAAAUGGUGGUAUGCGAAACGAUUUUUGCACCCUGACAUUGUGGCUUCAUAUGAGUACAUAUUUAUCUGGGAUGAAGACCUUGGAGUAGAGCAUUUUAAUGCAGAAGAGUAUAUUAAACUGGUUAAGAAACAUGGGUUGGAAAUUUCACAGCCUGGUUUAGAACCGAACAGAGGAUUAACCUGGCAAAUGACCAAGAGGAGAGGGGACCGUGAAGUCCACAAAGAAACAGAGGAGAGACCGGGCUGGUGCUCUGACCCUCAUCUUCCACCAUGUGCUGCGUUUGUGGAGAUUAUGGCCACUGUCUUCUCCCGAGAUGCAUGGCGUUGUGUAUGGCAUAUGAUUCAGAAUGACUUGGUCCAUGGAUGGGGUCUUGAUUUUGCUCUCAGAAAAUGUGUGGAGCCAGCUCAUGAGAAGAUAGGAGUCGUAGAUUCUCAGUGGAUCGUUCAUCAAGUGGUUCCUUCACUUGGGAACCAGGGUGUUGCUGAGAAUGGAAAAGCACCAUGGGAAGGGGUGAGGGAGCGGUGCCGAAAAGAGUGGGGAAUGUUCCAAAAUCGAAUGGCAGAUGCAGAGAAAGCAUAUUACAAGGAGAAGGGGAUUCGUCCCCCUAACACUACAGCUGUUUAGAUUAGUAUGUUGAUUUUUUUGUUCCUAAGUUGGAUCAUAGUUAUCGAUGGAGAUUGAUAUGUAGAGCAUAGAGUUUUUUAAAUAUUAAUGUUAAUAUUGUUUUAUUUUUUUGAGUUUCAACUGGAGCAUGACUGCAUUUUGCAUUGGAUUUAGAAAUUUAAAA